AUGCCUCACGCACCUAGAAAUAGCUUCCUUGCUCCUGGCGUUUCUCGCUUCUCUCGUUCUGUUGCCUACUCCAAGAAGGCACAAUACAAGCGCAAGCAAACUGCUGUUGCUGCUCCCGUUAAGGAAGCUGCUACUGAUAAGACCGUCGAAGUUAAGGGUGCUAAGAACGGUAACAAGCGUGUUAUUCCUGCUCAAAAGGCUGCUCGUUUCUACCCUGCUGAGGAUGUCCCUCAACCCAAGGUUUCCCGUAAGACUGCCAAGAAGACCGCUUUGCGUUCUUCCAUCACCCCUGGUACCGUCGUCAUUCUCUUGGCUGGUCGUUACCGUGGUAAGCGUGUUGUCGUCUUGAAGCAACUCGACUCCGGUCUUCUCCUUGUCACUGGUCCUUUCAAGGUCAACGGUGUUCCUCUCAGACGUGUCAACCAAGCUUACGUCAUCGCCACCUCCACCAAGCUCGACAUCUCCUCUGUCAAGGUUGAUGAGAAGUUCAAUGAUGCUUACUUCAAGAAGUCCGCUGCUAAGGCUGAAAAGGCUUUCCUUGAAGGUGAACAAAAGAAGGCUGCCUUCCCCGAAUCUAAGGCUGCUGAUCAAAAGGCUAUUGACAAGGCUCUUCUCGAAGUUGUCGCUAAGACUCCUUUCCUUCGUCAAUACUUGGCUUCUACCUUCGGUUUGACUAAGGGUCAAUUCCCUCACGACAUGAAGUUCUAA